AUGACAAGGGACAGUGACAGGGUCGUGCUUAUUGCAUUUGGGGGACCUUCAUCAAGUGGGAAAACUACAGUCGCUCAAACCCUCAAGGUUCUACUUCCCGAUGUGACGUUGAUCCACUUGGACGACUUUUAUCUCACCGAUUCACAAAUACCAGUAGAUGAGGCUACUGGAUAUCAAAAUUGGGAUUGUGCCGAAGCAAUUGAUUUUGAAAAGUUUAAGACAUACAUUCGGAAUAUAAAGUCGGGGAAGAAACAAGUUCCCGUGGAUUCGAUCCAAUCGAACGAUUUGAAAUUAAGGUUGAGCCCAGCUGAAAAGAAGCAGAUACUUGAAAGAAUAAACCAAAACAGCGACAAAUUCGCAAGAAAGGAGUUGGUAUUUAUUGAUGGAUUUAUGUUGUUUCACAAUCCAGAAAUAAUUAAACUAUUCGACAUUGAGCUAUUUUUUCAUGCGUCAUUUGACACGUUGAAGAAGAGACGGGAAUCGAGAGGUGGUUACAACACUGUUGAGGGAUUCUGGGUAGACCCACCUGAUUACUUUGCAAACAUUGUGUGGCCAGCCUUUGUAAAUUCUCACAAGUACCUAUUUAUUGACGAGAAUGUCGCCAACAGGUUGAAACCAGAAAUUGCAAAGCAGUACAACAUCUACGAUAUCAACAAUGACAAUGACUCGACUCUAUUUGAUUUGGUACAGCAAUCACUACAAUUUAUUAUAGAUAACUUAUAG